UCCUUGUGUUCUUUGGACCAAAAAGCCGUGUACCUCAACAAUGGACUGGUAACAAUAAUACACUGGUAGCACUUAUCUCGGGUUUGAUGUUUGCGAGAUCAAUAGAUCUCCGUUGUAUUCGGUGUCUGUUGGUUGCGGCUGAUCUCCAUUCACCAGCCUGGGGAAACUGACCCACUGACCCACGGCCAUGUUUGACCAGUUCAGGGAACGGUUGCAUCAUGUCCAGCAAGACUUGUCCACAGGACUGAAGACUCUUAGCACAAAAGCAAAAGAAGUCAAGCGAUCUCGCAGAGAAGAGACAGCAGCAUCGAGGCAAGACAUUCCCCAAAGUCCUGCACAGAGCAACAACGAUGCUGGCGCAGAACUUUUGGAUCGAUUUCAGCAGAUGUGGAGUGAGCUGCAUAAAGAAAUAGAAGCUGCAGCGGAAAAGGGCAUGGUUGUGGACAGAAACGUACAGGAGGUGUUUCUGAAUUAUGAGCGUCGGGCAGAACCCUUAGUUCAGUUGCAGAAGCAGUUGGUCGACCUCCCACGCUUCGUGGAAAACAUCCAGUUUCUUACAGCAGCCAUUGGUAAACUGGAAGCAGAGUUUGAGGAGGUAGAAUCCAUGAUGCUGGGGUAUGAAGACUUGAUAGAUCACUGUGAGUUUCUCCGCGACAAGCACACACAGACUGCAGAGCUGAAUAGGUACACGCAGCAAAAACACAAAGAAGAAGGGCAAAUGAGAGUGCGAAUGAAGGAGGAGUAUGAUCUGAGCGUACGUCUCAAGGAAGAAUCACAGAAAGCCGACAAGAUUGAGAGACAGAAAGCGUUUCAAGAUGUGUUUGUGGCUGACAUGCAGCACUACAAGGUGCAUGGGGAAAUGCAACGUGUAGUGUCAUCUGACGGGCCCCAAUCAUCCACCGACGCCAGCUCCAUUGAGAAUUUUGAGAUUGCCGUCGACGACCAGGAUCAGGAGGCACUGGACGACUUCCUAGGUGCCCCACCUAGCGACGACACGGCAACCAAGGAUGGGGAGGAGGCAGACAUUGACGACGGGGAUGAUGAUGAUGAUGAUGAUGAUGAUGAUGAUGAUGAUGAUGAUGAGGUUGAGAUUAUGGACGUGAUUGACGAAGAAAGCGAGAGAGAUGAAAAAGUGGGAGACGAGACACCGAGUCAAGACAACUCAAAAACAGUUGCAGAUGAGCCUGUCCGAGUCGAGGCUGAGACAUCUCCAGAGCAACAUCAGGAGGACGACCAAGAGCUUCAAGGGGAUGAAACAGACGUCCAAGAUACGACGACGGGGGAGGAAACAGCAAAGAAGACGGACGAAGACGAGGAAGAAGAAGAGGAUGAAUUUGAUACACCGGAGGAGGGAUCAGGAACAGAAAACAAUUAAAAAGACAAAACAAUUUGAAAAUAACUUCACCUAAAAUGAAGGUUCAGAAGUCAAUGAUAUCAUUUCUCAAUUCUUACAGCUAUGUGUGGUGUUUGGGAGAUGUCUCUAUUUUGCCUCUCCAUCCCAAACAGCUUACCGUUGGUCUUCAAGUAUUUUUGUCUUAUGUUAAAAACCAUUUUUCGAGCAUUUGCAGAAUCUCAACAGAAUUGAAAACUUAGAUAACUUUCCUUCUUAAAAGGAUAAUAAAUUGAUACAUUUUUUGACCAGAACCAACACCAAUGGUAAUCCAGCGAUUGCAAGACCACUUUCUACUGAGUCAGUUUACCGCACAAAAAUAAAAUGAUCAUGUGUAGAAAUAGAUUAUUACAAUCUAGUUAUUUUCUGGAUUUUUUUUCUUCAGUUUUUAUCAUUAUCAAAUGUCAACAUUUCUUGCGAGAAUCAAUUAUUUGUAGUCAAUUGAUGCGGAUGCAGUAACUGAUAUUAUAACAUUUAAACUUUGUACAGUCAUUCUUUUUUCUGCAUUAGUUACUCAAAAAGAAAUCUGUAUUCACUCACAAAGAGUGCAAUUCUUUUUAAUUACAGCUUUACAUUCCAAUAUUUUAAUGUUUUCCAGCCAUGUAUAAUAUGGUGAAUAAAAUCCUUUCUAUGUUAUUCCUUUUCUGUAACAAAUAUGUGAUGUGAAUGGGGGUGUUUAAUACCUUUAUGUUAUUGUAAUUUCCAGUGACAGAUGUUUCACCAUUGAAAGUUGUAACGUUUUUUUCACACAAAAUGUUUUGUCAAGAUGUCCAAAGUACAGUGCUGAUGACAUUGCAUUGGCCAAGUUUUUGAAUAAAAAAUCUUCAUCUUUUGCUUAAAUAUGAAAAAAAAACAUCACCCAAGGAAUUCCCUACAGGAUUAUAAGGAUUUUGUGGGGGAAAAGCCGAAUAGCGUUUAUUGUGAAGAUGCUGAAUUUGAAUGUCUUCCAAUUCUCGUCAAAAACAUAAGCUUAUCUAGUUCACGAAAUUGUAAGUUACUGUCAAUAUUUUUUUUUCUUAAAAUUUUUUAUUGGACUGUGACAAUGUAACUGUUUUUUGGCUGACUGCAAGUCCAAAAUAUUAUUUUAAUGUAAAGUGGCAAAUUUCUGAUAUUUACAACUCCGAAAAUGUUCUUGAUAAGAUGUACAAAUUCUUUGUUUAAUGUCCUUGUAUAUUAUUUGCAUAAAACUAAUAAAUUUUAUAAGAAUCAA